GCCUCAUGUUCCAUGAGAUAUACACACGCAUGCACUCGAACUCCCCCCUUCUACAGCGAAACCAGGACGCGGGAGUCUUCCCGAUUAAGCAAAUCCAACGCGGGAGUUUUCCGAUUAAGCAAAAUCCAACUCGCACAUAUGCUGCUUCUGCCACCUAAAUCUAGAAGUCGACGUUAAAACGUACCGCUUCCUUCGACGACUCUUUCGCCCAAACAGUUCAUCACAAAAAACAAAACAAAAAAGAGCAUCUUCUUCCCCUCUUCUCGUCCUGCUCCUCCACCAAAUCAUCCGGUCAAAAGAUUCAAAACUAAAUAAAAUUAAUUUAUAAAAAAAAAAACUCCAUUUCACAUCUUCACCAUCUCCACCGAAUGGCACCGUCAGCACCAACCAACCACCACACGAUCAUCAGCAAGCUGCCACCAAAACCCAACUCCAAAUCCACGACUGCCGCACCCAAACAGCCGCUAGUCUGCUUCUCUUUCGCAGCCUACGCCAAGUCCGUCGUAAAACACCUCCACUCCUCACCCCACAACAUCCCAAUCGAGCAAGGCCUCACCGAUCAAGAGCUCGCCUCCCUCGAAGCCGCCUUUGACUUCACCUUCCCACCUGACCUCCGCACCAUCCUCCAGGAAGGCCUCCCCGUGGGCCCCGCCUUCCCCAACUGGCGCUCUUCCUCCCACCAACAACUCCGGAUCCUCCUCAGCCUCCCAUCCCGCAGCCUCCUCAGGCAAGUCUCCAACGGAACCCUCUGGUGCGAGUCGUGGGGUCCGAAGCGUUCACCGCGUCAUCGUCAUAGUGAUGCUGACGUGGCAAACCAGCUGGUGAUGAAAGCGCCCGUUCUCGUUCCGAUUUACCGGAACUGUUACGUGCCUUCGAGGCCGAACGUGGCGGGGAAUCCUGUUUUGUACAUUGACGCGGAGAGGGUCAGGGUUCUGAGCUAUGACAUCACCCGGUUUUUUUGCCAAGAGUUUGGGUUCGUGCACGUGCCCGCGUGGGCCCCAAGGGCAGCGCGGAGGAUCGAGUUUUGGAGCGAGGUGGUGGGGCGUGAGGAGACGCGCGGGUGGUGGAGUGGGGAAGACUUGGCGGAAUGUUUGGAGGAGGUGUUUUGGAGGCUGAGGGAGGGCGGGUGGAAGGAGGAGGAGGUUAAGGAGAUGAUGAUGAUGGACGGCUGUGGUGAGAAGGUGAGAAGUGGGCCCCACAUGACGGGAGAUGGUUAUGAGGAGGCGGGCGUGGAGUGGCGCGUGAAGGUACUGUCUAUGGUUUUGUUGCGUGGGGGUUGGACCAAAGAGGAUGUGAUGGACUCCCUUGGUCUCGAGGGAACAGGAUGAGUACUAUGCUAUGCGCUUCUUCUAGAAGAAAAUAUUGGAUUCGGGUUUAUAAUUAGAUCUAUAAUCCGAGUUAUGUUAUGAAUUAUUCAAAUCAUAAUUGGAUCAUCCGAUUUAGAUUCAGUUGAUAUUAGAUUAGAUUAGAUUUAUAUUUUAAUAUAGAAAGUAUCUCACCAGAUGUGAUUGUAUUUAAUUAGUUAGGAUGGAAAUUGGUAAUAUUUUGAUAUUAUUUGGAAAGUUACACAUGAUCGAUUAAGUUGUUCGAUAAUGA